AUGUUCCUCCUCGAUACCAACGUGGUCUCGGAACUGCGUCGCCCCCGUCCGCAUGGCGCUGUUCUUGAUUGGAUCGCAGACGUUCCGGGGGAGCAACUCUUCGUGUCUGCCGUUACGGUUGGCGAGAUACAGGCGGGAAUCGAGAUCACCCGCGAGCAGGACGUGGCCAAGGCGGAGGAACUGGAAGCCUGGCUGGACAGGGUCAUGGCUUCCUACAGCGUAUUGCCGAUGGAUGCGCCCACCUUCCGGCAGUGGGCACGGCUGAUGCACCGUAGGUCAAACACCAUCACCGAGGACGCCAUGAUCGCCGCGACGGCCAUUGUUCACAGACUGACGGUGGUGACCCGGAACGUGCGAGACUUCGCCCAGCUUGGUGGAGCUCCAUUCGCCCUGGGCAUCGAGACCCUGAACGUGGCGGGCAUGAUCAGGGCCGGUCUGCAGUCCCGCGCCCUGGCCGAUGCUUCCCUGGCCGGUUUCAUUGCCAAGCUGGAGUACCGGUGCGGCUGGCUUGGACUCGCUUUCGAGAAGGUUGACCGGUGGUUUCCCAGUACCAGGACCUGCUCCAAGUGUGGAGCGGUGCGGCCCAACAUGGACCUGUCGGAGCGGACGUUCGUCUGUCAUUCCUGUGGAGUGAUGAUUGAUCGUGACCUGAACGCCGCGCUGAACCUUGGAAACGCCGAGAGCUACCCGGCGUCGGGACGUGGAGCGGGAGAUAAGUCCUGGCAUCUCUGGAUGCCAGGCGGGCCGCUGUGA